AUGACAACCACAUCGCCCUUCCCGUUUUCCACCAUGGAGGUCCCUUUGAUGGAUGACACAAUGGAGAUGGCCUCACCGUACCAGGGCCCCGCCGAUGAUUUCGAAAUUGAUAUCGAUGUUAUGGAGGAUCAGGCUUCGAAUCCAGACAGAGACAUGACAGCUGAUGAAUACAUGGAUAAUGGCGAAAACCAAGGGCAAGAUGGAAUCCCCGAUGAGGAUAUGGUUGACGAUGUAGCCGAGCCAUCCAUGACCGACGCCGAUUACUACCCCGAAACGAACCAGAACAUCGACAUGCAGUAUGAAGAAGAGAAUGCGGACGAGGAAGGAAAGAUAUACGAGGCGGAAAUGUUAGAAGAUGACUACGAUGAAGACCUCGAUGGCCCCGUCCCGGAACAUGAACAAAAGGGCUCUGAGGUACCUGCAUCCAUUGAAGAACAUGCGAAGAUUGAAGAAGCCCAAAGAGCCAGUCCAACGCAAAAACAACUGGCCGAUGAUAAUAACAACGUCAAUACCGAAUCGCACCCUGAGGAGGAAACGCAAACUGUGGACACGACCCAACCCAAGUUACAGCCUGAGCCUGAGCCUGAGCAGACUGCCGACAACCUGGUCGAUGAACAAUUGGCCGAAAAGGCGGCGACGGACCACGUGGAAUCCGAGCAUCCCGAGGAAAGCGCCAGGAAUACUAAUGAAACAGAGCAAACAGAGAAAGCAGAAAAACAGGUCGAGCCGCAAACGAUACGUAACAACGAUCAGCAAGAGGCCCCUGAGGAGUUGCAGAACCCCCAGGACAAUGACAAAGGCUCAGACGAGGCUCAGCCGUCUAAGGAUGACCUUGGCAAAGCGGAUGUAGAAUUAAGAGAGGAGCAGCGAGUCUCCGAGUCCAAUGAUCAGGAACCCGAACAAGACCGCGGUUCAACGCAAAGUUCGCACCUUCAUCCGGUCAAAGUUUACUAUCAAGACAACGAGAUUUCGCUUUUUCCUCCAAGGGAAGGCGAUUCCUCGGAAACCUUCUUCCUAGAAGAUGAGGGUCUUGCGUAUGAGUCCUUUGGAAAGUUGCUUAUGGCUUGCCGUGAAGUCCUUCAAAACCACAUAAAUGAGAAUGAGGUGCUAGUCAUCGAUAUCGAAGCCCUCAACUUUCAACUAACAGAGGACUCGCUCGAGACACAAAAAGUUUCGCUGAAACAAUUUGUAGACGUGUAUCUGCAUUUUUGCCACAAUGAUGGCAUUGAAGAACCAGAAGCCCUAUAUCUUACACUUAGUACUAAACUAACUGCUGCUGCGGAACUGUCGGAUCUUUUGCUAGCUGCAAGUGAGGGGAAAGGAUUAUCUGAGAUCCAGUCGUGGGAAGUUUACCCCGAUGCAGAUGGUGUUUCCGCGGAAUACGAAGAGACAGCCCAAGAACAAUACCAGGAGGAACCCCAGCGCGCCUUGGAUAAUGAAGACAAAGAGGAAGGCUCGGUAGAGCCCGAAUUACAGUCUACAUCUCAUUCACAGGAUGCACCUAAUGACGAGCAAGAUGGUGCCGGAUCCCAGGAAACUGAACAGAUUGAGCACACUGAAACCGGCGAGGUUGUUCAUAACGGCCCUAAUGCCGAAGAUCGUCCUGAGUCACCACACUCUCCUCAUCAUUCAGAGGAACAGAAAACCGAAUCCACCAGUACUCUCGAGCCGUUGCCCCCAGCCAAUGCGGCUGAGAGAGAACAAAAUCCAGAAGUUUCUGAGAGCCCUUAUGAUGAAGAGAACUAUGAGGAUGAGUAUCAUGAAGAUGAGUACCUUGAGGGAGAUGAACCCGAUGACGUGGCCCAUCCCAGUUAUAUUUUAGAGGGGCCUGAAGGGGACGCAGCGGAUUCAACAGAGACAUAUCCGGAAGAAUACACCGGCCCAGAAGCAGAAUAUCACGAGCAACCGCCAUCCAUGGAGGAGACGCAACCUGAUGCUUCCCAAAAUAAUGGUGGUGUCGCCGCCGAUGAUGCUGAAGGUCAGGAUAGCCACGAAGUAGCUGCCGAGUCCUCUCUGGAUGAAGAUCCCUUGAAUCAGUCCCACAAAACCCAACAUGUGGAAGGUGACUCACUAGGCGUGACAGAAGACCUAAAAAGCCCUCACGAUGACACGGAGCCUGUUGAACAGCUGGCAGAAGUCGACGAUGUAAUUGAGCAGGGUGAAGUUGGUGAAACCGCCGAAAAUGCUCUUUCUACACCUGCGGGAAACGAUGAGGGCGCCGACUUACCCUUUGAAGAUGAAGAUUACUUGGACCUCGGAAUCGAAGAUGACCUUGGCGACUUUGAUGAAGAACGAGAGGGUGCCUCUACGAGUCACGCCGCUGGAAAGCGUCUUCGUGAGCCUGACGACGAAUUCGACGUGCCCGAAAGUUCAAACCAAGAAGUCAAGCGCCCCCGCUCGUCAUGA